AUGGCCGAGGAAGAAAAGACUGGGAUGAUGGAUCUAGAGAAGGAGCUGAGCUGUUCGAUCUGUACAGACGUCCUUUACCAACCCCUCACCCUCCUCGAUUGCCUCCAUACCUUCUGCGGCGCGUGCUUGAAAGAAUGGUUCCAUUUCCAGGCUUCAAGUGCGACCUCGAUCCAUCCGUAUACCUGCCCGUCAUGCCGGGCGUCGGUGCGAGACACGCGCCACAAUGCCUCCGUCACGACACUCCUAGACAUGUAUUUGCAGGCGCAUCCGGACCGGGGAAAGUCGCAGCAGGAUAAGGACGAUCAGGACAGGAAGUACAAACCUGGGGAGAAUGUACUGCCAAAGCUCAGGAAGCGGGAAGACCCUGGUGCGGACGAAGAGCGCAGAUUGAUAGCGGAGGCCCAGCAGCUUAGCUUGAGGGAGGCAGGCAUAUCGAGCGGUGGGCUAGAAGCUCCUAGAGAGCGUAGGAGAAGGGAUCGGAGUAGGGAAAGAAGUCGCGACUCCAGAGACCCCGAUGGGAGGAGGCCGAGGACGAGAGACUCGAGCAGGAACCCGCCUGAGCCUUCACGGUCCUCACGGGAUCAUGUACCGGCACGGCAUGUGGAACACCAAUCAAGUCUUAGAUCCCUUCUCAGCGCCUCGGAUUUAGACUCGCAAGAGAUGGAAGAGGAGAUCAUGAGGCAGAUCAUGGAGGAGGGGCUCCUGGACGGCAUCGAUCUCGCCAACAUCGAUGUGGCUCAGGAAGAUGAGAUCAGCGAGAGAAUAGCUCAGGCAUACCGGAGACGGCAGAGAGAAAGACAGCAGCAGAGAGCAGAAAGGCAAGAGCGCCAUACGGGAGAGGGCCGAGUUGAAACGGCUCUCCCAUCCCCGCCAGCGACUCUCCCAUCACCCGCAACUCUCGACAGUCGAAGCUCCUCGAGAGCCUCUGCUCCUCAGCCAAUACGAGUUGAUGGGGAACAGACACGCAGGAGGCCUCAUGGUCGGUCAGAAAGCGCCGUUCUCGCUUUGCCGUCCCCGAACUCAUCACGCCCUCCUGUAUCCCGUCCUGGUCUAAUUGAUGCCGCGAACAACAACGGUCGGGCACAUCAUCGCAGAUCUUCCAGUCAAGGCAGCACUCGCUCAUCUGCUCGCGUAGAUGCACCUAAUUCUCUGUCUGUUACCUCUUCGAGGCAAGCUGCUCGCUCUGCCGGUGAACUCAAUGACCGGCCGUCGUCAUCUGAGGCCAAUCCUCCUCGGAGACGGCGUAUGUCACAGAAUGAUCGGAGCACCACUGACCCAGAGGCAAGGCAGUUCCGAAGCAGUCUCAACACCCAUACCUCAUCAUCUAAUCCUAAUUCUCCAAGACGGUCGGCCUUCAACGUGAACACAGAAAGUCCAUUGUCGAGUCUCCCUCCAUCAACCGUCAUCAAUCCAUCACCCAACUCCUCAUCUCGUCGAACCACAGACCCAACGCAUGCAAGACCAGCUCAACCUACGAACAACAGUUCUCCUGCUCUUGGAGUACCGCGGGCGACUACCGAGCCAUCUGCCGCCGACGCCAGACCGGCGACUUCCACUGGGACCAGCGUAUUUGCACCGCCAACUCUGUACCCAGAACCCGAAAUAGUCUGUAAUAGAUGUGGUAAAACACACAUUGAAUACGACCUCCACUACAACUGCGCACUAUGCGACAAUGGCAACUACAACAUUUGUCUAGAUUGCUAUAGAUCGAGCAAAGGCUGCAAGCACUGGUUCGGCUUUGGGCACGCCGCCUGGAGGAAUUUUGAACAAAAAGCGCCUCCUGGAGGCCACCCUGCCAACUACGAACAGCCUCACGUCCUCGUCGGCCACCGAUACAAACGACCCUCCAACAUGCCACCAGAGCCUCGACCCACAACAGCGGACCAAGGCCCAGCGCGGCGCCUCGAAUCCGGCGUCUUCUGCGACAUGUGCUCCGCCUUCGCCUCGUCCUGCUACUGGAAGUGCGACAUCUGCAACGAAGGCGGCUGGGGCUUCUGCAACGACUGCGUCAACCAAGGCCGCCACUGCACGCACCCCCUCCUCCCCCUCUCCCACAAUCCGCUUCCCAAACCCACCUCCACCACCACCUCCGCCCCGUCCACACCCAGUCUCCACCCUUCCCCAACCCCCUCCACGCCCCCCCUAACCCCCAAAUCCGCCUCCCUAAUCCGCGGCCCCGGCGCCACGCCCCUCGCGAACCAACUCUACCGCCCGCUCACCUUCAGCACCUGCUGCGACAUCUGCACGUACCCUAUCCCACCCUCACACACGCGCUUCCACUGCCCGCGCUGCCAGCGUGGCGACUACGACAUCUGCACGCCCUGCUACCACGGCCUGGUGGCGUCGGGGCGCAUCGCGGCCGAGAACGGGCCGCAGGGCUGGCGGCGCUGCCUGCGCGGGCACCGCAUGGUGGUCGUGGGCUUCGAGGACCGCGCCGGCGGGCAGCGGCGCGUCGUGUCGCGCGACCUGGUCGGCGGCUUGGCGCUGCGCGACGAGGACGGGCUGGACUCGCAGGCGCUGGGGCUUGGGACGCCGGGGAGGUUUCCGCCGGAUGGGGGCGUCGGGUUGAGGGUUGUGGCGCUGUGGGCGAGGUUUCCGCGCGAGGGGGUCGAGGAUGAGUUGAUGUUUCCGAAGUUUGCGGAGAUCAGGGAGGCGGAGGAUAUUAAUGGGGAUUGGUUCUGGGGGUGUUAUGCGGGCGCCAAGGGGCUGUUUCCGGGGAAUUUCACGAGGGUGGUGUGA